GGCCCCGCGGAGCUGCCGCCGGCCCCGCAGGGCUCCGCAGGGCUCCGCGCCGGGCGCGCACGUUGCGGCGGGGGCGGCGCCGAGGGCAGGUGGAGUGGUUCCUGCUCUGCCGAUCAUGGUCAACAAGACCUUAACGUACUGGGGUGCCGCCUUCGAGGAGGACCUUAUCAACAUCAACGUGGGAGGGCUGCGGCGGCGGCUGAGCCCCAGCGCCCUCUCCAAGUUCCCCGACACGCGCCUGGGCCGCCUGCUGUCCUGCGACUCGGAGGAGUCCAUCCUGCAGCUCUGCGAUGACUACGAUGUGAGCGCACGGGAGUUCUACUUUGACCGCAACCCCGGCUUCUUCCUCUACGUGCUGCACUUCUACCAGACGGGCAAGCUGCAUGUGAUGGACGAGCUGUGCGUCUUCUCCUUCUGCCAGGAGAUCGAGUACUGGGGCAUCAACGAGUUCUUCCUGGACUCGUGCUGCAGCUACCGCUACCACGAGCGCAAGCUGGAGGGCCGGCACCACACCUGGGACGAGGAGAGCGAGGUGAGCAGCGUGGACACGUCGCCCGAUGAGAUCUCAGACAUCAACCACGAGCUGCUGCGCUACAGCACGCUGCGCUGCGGCACGGCACGCAAGCGGCUCUGGCUCACCAUGGAGAACCCCGGCUACUCCAUCCCCAGCAAGCUGUUCAGCUUCGUGUCCAUCAGCGUGGUGCUGGUGUCCAUCGCCACCAUGUGCAUCCACAGCAUGCCCGAGUACCAGCGGGUGGACGAGAGCGGCGCCGUGCUCGACGAGCCCGUCCUGCACAAACUGGAGUACUUCUGCAUCUCCUGGUUCACCUUCGAGGUGUCCUCCCGCCUCCUGCUCUCCCCCAACCCCAAGAAGUUCUUCAAGCAUCCGCUCAACCUCAUCGACAUCGUCUCGGUGCUGCCCUUCUACUUCACCCUGCUGGUGGACGUGACGGCGGGCAGCGACUCGGAGCUGGGCAACCUGGGCAAGGUGGUGCAGGUCUUCCGGCUGAUGCGCAUCUUCCGCGUGCUGAAGCUGGCACGGCACUCCACCGGGCUGCGGUCGCUGGGGGCCACCCUGAAGCACAGCUACCGGGAGGUGGGCAUUCUGCUGCUCUAUCUGGCUGUGGGGGUGUCUGUCUUCUCCGGCGUAGCCUACACAGCAGAGAAGGAGGAGGAUGUUGGCUUUGACACCAUCCCAGCAUGCUGGUGGUGGGGCACGGUCAGCAUGACCACAGUGGGGUACGGCGACGUGGUGCCCGUCACCGUGGCAGGGAAGCUGGCUGCCUCGGGCUGCAUCCUGGGUGGCAUCCUGGUCGUGGCACUGCCCAUCACCAUCAUCUUCAACAAGUUCUCCCACUUCUACCGCAAGCAGAAGGCGCUGGAGGCCGCCGUGAGGAACAGCGAGAAGAAGAAGCCUGAGGAGAUGGAGAGCGAGCAGGACUCGGAGGCGCUGAGCGAGAGCUCCCUGGGGAGGGGCAGCCCCGACCGACGCAGCCUCACCCCCGGUGCCCUCCCCGCUCCCUGAGUCCCAUGCAGGGGACAGAGGGUCUGGGUCGGUGCAGAAUGAGCCCAGGAGGAGCGGCAGUGCCUGGCGUGGGACCCACCCUGCAGCAGGACCGGCUGGCCAUGGCCCUCCUUGCAUUGCAGGUGUCCCCAUCCCUGUCCGUGGGGCUCCCGCAUUCCUUCCAGAGGAGUGGCUGCUGCAGACGCUGGCACCCAGCCCAUGCGGCACAGAGCCUGCCAAGGGCUGCCGGGGCACGGGGGACACUGCUGGGCACAGAGCAGCUGCCUCUGCUGUGUCCGUGUGCCCCCGACUCCUGGUGCGGGAGGAGCUGGGGCUGCAGCCCCUGUGCAGGAGGGAGCAGCCUUGCUGUGACCCCUGCAGGGCCCGCAGGGAGCGGGGACAGAGGGACCUCACACUGCUCCUCACCAGCUCCUGUCUGACCCCUCACAACCAGGCAGGGGGGCACCCCCAUCCCACCUGGCUCCCGACCUGGCUGAGCACAUCCCAGCACAGCAUCAAUUCCCUCAGCAACGUGCACCCUGCAGCCAGCCGACCAGCCCGGAGCCACUCAGAUGGCUUUCAGGGCAUGGCAGUGGGUGGGGAUGGCUCUGCCACAGGGACUGCUGACCUCGGAGAAGAGAAGAUGGAGCUGGUGCAGACACAGCCCCUCUGCAUGGGUGGGAGCAGGCUGUGGGUGCUCACAUCCGUGUCUUCCAGCACUAUCUGCUCCGGUCCAGCUCCCGCUCCACUGUUACUUGAACAAAGGAAGGAGUUUCCCCUUCUCUCCAUAAAUAUUCCAGUAGCAAAAUGUACUAAAAUAGGAAGACUGAAUGACAUGUAUUAACUAAAAAAGCAUUAUGCAAAUCGUUAAAAGAGCAUGUAAAUUAAUUUUCUAUCUAUGCAUGGGAUGCAUAUGGCAUAUUUUAUUAAAGAUGGAAGUGACCCACAUGGGAAGCUGGUUCUCUGUGUCACAGCAGCUCCACCACCGCCCAUCAGAGAGAAGAGACCAUGUGCCCCUGGGGCAGCAGUUUUCCCGAGAGCAUCUGCGCUCUCAUUUGGCACAGUGGGUAAAUCAAUUAAAUGCUGCAUCAGGUUAUUUCCACAUAAAUCGCCCUCCACACUCAAGAAGUGAUUGAUGAAGGAGAGACUGAGUUACCUCCAGGGGAUGGUGAUUAAGGAGUGACCUUAUUAAGCUAUUUCACGCAGCCGAGAAUUGGACAACGCUGCUUUGGGACAAAGCAAACCUCAUUAACUUGUUUCAAACUUCUUCCCUUUGCCAGCUGCCACAGCCCUGGCUGCCCUGAGUGUGCUCUGUGCUGGGUAUGGGCAAACCAGGAGGUCUUAAGGGUGAGGACCUGGGGGACAGGAGACCCCUCACCACAGCAUGAGGGCUGUCCUGCUGCUGCAACAGCUCUGGGUGGGACCCAGCCUCUAUUAAGUUAACAGCAACGAGCUGGCAGGGAGCAGGGCAGGCUGCGAUCCGUAGAUGGGAUUGAAUUGUUUUAAAGUUUUUAAAGAAGUUGGCUGCUUUCCUGGGCUCUUAAAUUAAAGGGUAAUUAAGUCACUCUCGGUCUGGAAAUAGCUGAUGGGUGUUUCCUGGUUUGACUAUUAAGUUUUGCUGGAGUGAUUAAUGCAAUGAGAAAUCAUCAGCUCUCAAGUCAGGGCUGUCAGCCAACACUGAGAGCAUUUAUCUGAGCUCCUGCUUGGGCUUCUCUGGCCCAUGAACAGGAAAGAGGGCAAAAUAAGGGCUAUCCAUCAGCCACUGUCUGUUAGCCACAUGCAAUUCGUAUCUCUGCAGCACAGGCACUGUCUAUGGCACGAAAGGAGCGCAGGUGAGGACUCCCCUGGGGUGCAGCCCUCCCUUUGUGCAGGUGUUCUGCUGUUUCACGGUGCUGUUGCUGAGAGCACAUAAGUGCUCCGGGCUUUCCUAGCUACCAGGAAUGCCUGCAGCCUCCCUCCCGUUGGAUUCCACGCUCCUUCCUAACAUUUAAAAGCUCACAUCUAUUUUGUUUCUUCCGGCACUGCUAACACAAGCUGCCUCCUGAAUGAAUUCUGUCUCUGCCUCAGUUAGUCAUCCCUUUGGGACGGAUUUAGUAACAGCUCAGGGAAACCACGUAAAAGCCAACAGUUCGCCCUGGAAGGCAGCACCCACUCACUGUCAGCGUUCUGAGAGAGCUGAGAGUGCAGCCAGGAUUAGGAGUGCGACUCGAACCUCACCUGCUGUGUAGGAAGGGAUGGAUUGCCCCGCAGCCGGUCCCAAAGCACCUCCUGUCACUGCUCUGUGGGUGUGUACAUAACAGCCGGGACACCGAAGCUUUCCGUAAGGACAGUUUUAUUUGCCCCUUUGAGCAAAUAAGGCAAGAAAUGUUGAGAAAGAUCAAACACAAUCUCCUGUAUCAAACUCAGAGGAAUGCAAUAAAAGUUACUAUUUCAUACAUAUAUAAACUAAGGACCCAACACUAUUAUAUACAAACGGGCAGAUCUUACAAAAUAGCAUUUCAAGUCAGCACUUUAUGCCAGUGUUGCUAAUUCGGUACAAAAAAGUUAAAGCUACAAACUUCACAUUAUUAAGUCUCACGGGACCGACACCAUCAGUAUCUCUGGGUUUCAGAAGCAAAGAUCAGGGUUUGUCCAGAACACUUUCAGCAGUGCAGAUGGGCCCAAGGAGCACUUGAAUGCAGCUUCACAAUCAAGCAACUGUUUGGCUUAGCAAUCUUGCCAGAACAGCUCUCCUUAAGGUGUGAGCCUUGGUCUUAGUCUGUAGGACUGAGAACUGAGAGGCUACGAUGCUCUACAAGGGGAUCAAAAAGGGAAUUACUUCCUCUCUGCUUGAUAAUCAGUGAAGGAGAAAAUAAUUGGAGCUCCAAGUGCAAGAAAUAUCAUCAAGCCUCGGCCACCGCAAGCUUCUAAGAAAGGUUCAAAGGCAGCUGGACCAGUUUUACUUCUUUUGGUUCAUUUGCUGUAUUUUAAGACAAUCACACCAGCAAAGCAGAGCAUCUCAAUGGCGCUUACAUUCAGUUACAGCGGACACAGGUUGCAUAUUCCAAAAAGCACACACCACCAUGUGGUGCUUCACCUAAAACUCGGGUUUUCUAAUGCCCUACGAUGACCAGAAAGUUACCUACACAGUGCAGAGGUAAAACGACUCCCAGCAGGAUCUGCCUGGCUGGUGUUACAUGCCAGCACUGCACGGUUUGCCACAUCCCACAUCCCUAUGCCCACCAGAGGUGCAAAGCAGGCUUGGCAGAACAGUGCUGCUCACACUGCUGGUCACAAUGGGACAAACCGAUGCAGCCAGAUCUGCAGGGGGGUAUAAAUGGCUUGGUUCCUUUCACAGCAACGAAGUAUACCUGUUAACAGUAGUCAGCAGUCUGCUGCAAGCAGGGAACAAGAGCCUCUCGAGGCGUGGAAUGAGCAGCAUUUGAUUCAGGAGACAGUGCUGUUUAGUUUAAUUACCUGCGGGAUGCACCAAGGCCUGUUCCAGAGGAUCACAUGGAAACUCCUCUCUCCAUCAGAGCAAAACAAAAAUAAACUGGUUGGAAUACGUGGUUCUGUCCAAACGUUUCACCACAGAGCCAUGCAGAGGCAUCACUUGCCCUGUGCCCGGAUCUGGGCUCACCUCAUGCUGCUUCGCUUUCCUCCUCAGCUCCACCAGUGGGAGCGAACUGCACCAUCCUCAGUGAUUGUACAUGCAGGGCAUCUUCAGCCACGGACCCGUGUUGGGAAAAUUAAUGAGAAAGGAGCACUAAGAGGGACUGCAAGAGAACAAAUCUCUUCCCAGACAUCAGCCAUUGGGACAUCAGCCAUUGGGACAUCAGCCAUUGGCCUCUCUGGAUCAGCUCUGCCUCCAUUCCAUCCAACAAUGCACCUCUCUGAUAACCCAACGAUAGUUUGCUUUCAGUUUAACUUUUCGAUGUGCUAAGCCUGGCAGAAAUGAGGAUUGUGAAGUUUUUAUUCCAGCACCUAAAGAGGUAAAUCUGAAACGAUGAUGCGUAUGAACUAUUUCACCAACUGCGGAGUCUUUUCAGUGCCCUCAGACGCAGCAGAAGUACCAAACUCUGAGAGGUUCACCUGACUUUCACACACUGCGCCCUCCCAGCACUCUGCUGUCAGCAGAAGGACAUUUCCAAAGGGACAGACGAAGGGGAAUCUGUUUUGUUUCAGGUCAGACCACCGAUCGGCUUUCAGCCUUAAGUCAAUGGGUUUUAGAUUACAGAACACAAGUUGUCCUGGAGGCACAACACACUUCAUCUACUGGGAUUAAUUCCUAACGUACAUAAGCAAAGGACAAAACCAAGGUCUUGAGGAAAUCCCACUCGCUCAAAGCACACAGUGUAAGGCAUGGGGCUUAUUACAGGCUUUUUAAAGAUGAGACUUAAGCGUCUUCCAAAAGGCUGGGACAGUCUGUAGGUGCUCUCAUCUACUCUCUUCAGCGACCUAAAACUUAUCAGUACCUUAACAGCAGAACCAUACAGUCAUCGGCUUGGAACAGAGUCUGUGCAUUCACAAAGAACAACAAAAUAACAACAAAAAAAAACCCCACAACAGAUGCAGCCG